UUUAAGUAUCGUCCACUUGUGAUCUGAUUAACCAAAACGCAUCCUAAUACCAGGUGUAAACAGGGCAUGAGGCCUCACCAAGAUCCUAAACAAAUUCUAGCAUCUAACUAGUGUCAAUCCAGCCAGACAACCACAUGAAGCCUGCCUCCUAGAUCACUGCAGCAGAAUGUCUGACCAAAAACUCAUGUCUAAUUGGUGCUGGUGACUUUGAAGUAGUGGUCUGUCACGCCUACAGGUGAAAGCUACACGUGCCAAAUCUGGAGUCACUGUCACACAAUCACACAGCUCUGUCCAACCUGACUUGAAACUUCCCUCUCAUUAUUGGCCUUACUAUUUGGGCAGCAUAGCUUUCCAGUGUUAAGCAGUAGCCUGGUGAAUCGGCAAUGCCAAUAGUUGUGCAAGUCCAAGGGAAGAGUGACAGAAGGGAUUACAAGGGCAUAAAAGCAGCAGUGAGCAACAAAGACAAGGUCACACAGAGAGCUGCCUGGGGAUUCGGUGUGUUUUGGAUUGGGGAUUUUAACGUUUUUUAUCGCCUUACUCCAUAGCUAGAGCAAAAGAGCUGGCUGGGCACCUGGUAGCUUGAUCUACCCUGUGCACCAUGAACCAACGAAGGCUGAAGGAGGCUCAUUGUGUGGCCAGGAGGGGGAGAUGUUUUCUGGGAAGGUUUCAGUUACCUUCAGGGGGCUUGACAUUGUUGGGAAACAGUAAGAAAAUGAGGUAAAAGCAACUGCUUGGGGAUGGGAUCCAUGAAGGGGGUUUGGAUGAAAAUGAAGAUAUUGGAUGACCCGGCAAGGUUCUUGUCCAGGACCUUUUCCCGCUUUCAGGGUCAGGCCUGGUGGACCUACCAGCAAGCAACUGCAGCAUUAGUGCUUUCAACUCUGCAUGAGUUCUUUCCCACGCAAAUGGUUUGAUGGCUCCAAAGGUCCCGUUGUACCCGUUGACAUUAUGGUAAUUCGGUCAGCCUGAUUUAAUCUGCCAGGUUUACUUGGCAGGUGGUUGAUGGAGCUGACAGUUUGUGAUUACAUUUUAUCAGACACUUGACUCCUACGCCCAGACAGUAGAGGUAACGCUUAUCGUGAAGUUCAUAGCGGUCUCUUGUUCAUUGAGAGACUGAAACUGAUUGUAAGGAAUCAGAAUUAUCUCAGGUGGGCUGACCUACUCCACAAUCACAACAUUUAUUGUUUUUCAGUUGAGAUUAUAUAGAAUGAGGGACAAAAAAGACAGAAUGAUAAGAACUAUUAGCAAGCUCAUUACACAGUAAGAAGGGGAUAGGGUUUGCUGUGUCCCUUCUGUCCUUACUCACUCUUUAUUUCUGCUCGUGUAUUUUCUGGCCAUUCCUGCACAAGAUGAUCCAACUGUCCAUCAGUCAGUCUGGGACCACAUUACGUUCUUAGUCAAAUUCUCUGUGUCCUUGUUGUGCACUAGUUUGGUUAAGAGUAUGGGCUGCAUUUACACAACAAAGCAACAAGGUGUAAAGGAACCCUCCACUGGGAUCUCUACAUUGGUCACAGGGAAUCUGGGGUCUGCGUCCGUCCAGUCGGCUUUCACACAUCCUGCCCACCUCCGGUAUCUAGUUUCGUCCACUGUCCUCCCAGAAACAAUGUUAAGUCUGACUCAGAUCUCUCUCCCAUCUCCUUCCCAGACCCUGUCAUCACGGAUGCACCAAUGAUUUUCCCCCUUUUCGUUGUUAUCUCAGCAGCACAUCUAUGGAAAUGAGUCCCAUUUGGAGUCUAACCCAGGGUUGAGUGAGCCGUGUCAAAUGAGGUUGUCUUUAAUUAGUGCAGGUUGCUCAGUAAGACUGGAGAGGGAGCACUGAUACACAUACACACACAGUGUCCAAACUGAUUUAUGUUAAUGUGGUAACCUAAGAUCCUCUCUCUUUUUUCAACCAAAUAAAGCAAUGUUUUUCUGCCGUGUUUCUUUUUGUAAAUAAAUGCCCCUAGGGUGGGCCGAAGAAACCCUGAAGAGAUGCAGUGGACUGUGCACUAGCUAUAGAGAGGGCUGCCGUCUAGGGAAUUGGAGUUCGGUCCAAAGGCCUGACAUUUUCUUCAGAAAUCCUCUCUGUGGUUACGGGUCUAGUUUCAAUAUUUCCCUUCACUUGCUUAGCAAACGCCACCCUUCACUGGUCCAAACCUCAACCCCCUCCCCUUCAGUUUCUCUCAUCCACUCUUCUCUUGUUCUUUUCUCUUACUUUCCCUCUUUCAAAAGUUUCAGCCCCUCUCUUCAUCCCCACCCCUCUUUCCUUCCUUCUCCCUCUCCUGUCCUCCCCUUGCCCAAAAAUCUGAUCUCAGAUUAAGUUUAACACUAUCCCUUAUGCAAAAGGUAGCACCUGUCUCUGAUGCGUCUCCCUCCAGUAGAGCUGUACAGGGAACUCACUCACUCACUUUUCCUUAGUUCUCUCAUUCUGGGAUCACUUUCUCCAGACUUGCUCUUUGAAAUCAAGUGCACCCCGAGGCACGGAUUGGGCCGUGUUUGCCAUUCUUGUCUUUGGUGGUAGUCUGGUGGAAUUGGACCAGCAGAGUGUUCUGUGUGAGUUAAGGAUUUAGGAGAGCUCUGAGCAUUCUCCCCCUCCCUUUUUGUUUCUGCAUCCAAGAGCAGAGUCCCUCCGCUCUUGAGACAGCGUUGAUGGUACCCACUUGGAUGUGACUUACAAGCUGAUGUACAGGUGACGUGCUGAACUUCCGUCCUCUGAAGGCAGGUGAGUGCCGAUUUCUGAGUUGCGAUCUCUGGUGCUCUUCUGUAAAAAGUUCUUGUGCUGUUUUCUUGUCUUGCUUUCUCUUUGUAAGUGAUGUUCAGUUGCUCUUUGCCUCUUUAACACCCACCUUCUCUCUCUUUAGGCAAAACACUUUGUGCGUGAAAAUGUAAAUGAUAGGUUUUAACAGCCAAAUGGUAACAAAGUAAAUUUGAUAACAUCGCUGGUAAUAAUGCCAGUUGUCAGACGGGCAGCUCGUUUGAGAUCAGUUUCUGAAAGGUUAGCCAAAUGAACUUUGCCAGUCUAUCUAUGCGAUGUGGAUUUGCCUUUUGGCUUCACACACGGCAUCUCAUGGUGCACUUGGGAAUCCCACCAAAUGGCAAGUUUGUCUGUGCAGCAUCCUAUCCAAACAUAGGCUUUUCUUAAGGAAAUGGAUUUUAGUUAAGAGUCUGAAUCACAUUCUUAAUUAAAUAGAUUGUAUUCAUAUUUACAGUAGUGUCUGUGGCUAUAUGUGAAUGCAAAAGUAGUUUUAGGUUUUCCUUUAUUAUGUUUAUACUAACAAUUGCACCAAUUUCUAGUAAGAUACUUUUAGGACUUAUCUUUAUGAGAAUAAAAUACUUGUUUUGCUAUAUGAUAAAUAUUGUGGCAGGCAUUUACAUUUAAUUUAUUACUUCUUGGUAAAGAGUUUUCACAGUAACACAAUCCUGAGGUUCAUUUUUUUAUCCUAAUGGUUUAAGGUUCUUGCUUUGUGUGUUGAAUGAGCAAGUUUGUGGGAUUCUGUGAUUAGUGGAUCCAUGAAUGUGGCGACUGUAACCUUCAAUUGACUGAAUUAUAGUUAUAUAAAUUAUGUACACUAUGAAAAAUUUCUGUAGAAAUUACAGUAUUACUGGGUAUUACUGGCAACUACAGUAACUUACUGUAGAUUUUACAUUUAUGUUAUUUACUGGCCACAAUUUGUUCAAAGUUAAAUGAACAUGAAACAUUUUCAGUCUUUAUCCUCUACAGUAAGAUACUGGCAACCAGCUGCAUAAUUACAACAAAUAUUUUACAGUGUUUCUUACCGUUAUGCAUUAGUCCAACAUUCCCAAAGAUGUUAAAUAGGCUUAAAGCGGCCUAUAUAAUUAUUUCACGACUAUGUUGUAUUUGAAUACUAGGCAUUUAGUAUUGAAGAUAACUGACAAAUCCCUUGUAAGAUGCAUGUAGAUUAGACUGGGAUGUAGUUUGCAUUAGUUUAUACCAGCUUCAUUUCUUGUUUUGUUAUUACCCUUUCUAGGAAAACAUCUGGUCCUCCUCUUUGAAUCAAUUGUAUGCCUUUAUACUUAAGAUCAGUUUUACAUCAUCUUCAUCCUUAGCAUCACCAGAUUCUGGAAUUUACAAGGAUGCCUAUUUAUUUUGACAUGGUAAGGUUAUAUAAAUCUGAAGGGACUGAAACUAAAACUUUAGCCCCUCAGGGUUGCCGUUAAGACUCUGUGCACUCAAGCCUGCUAAAUUAAACCCAUUAGCCUCGAUGUUCAAGGCCCUUCCUCUGAUGCCAACAAGUCAUAGCACAUAAACACCUGGUAAUGGACCCUUCAGACGAUGGAGAGGAGCGAGGUGAGUUCUCCCAGACGCAAACUUACUGGCACGGUGAUGGCCCAGAACUGCAUCACCACAGCCCACUCACACGGUAGCGCUGGAGAAUGUGAUCCCUGCACAUUGUUCGCCAUCACAUAAUAGAACCUUUUCAGCUUAGGACGACAGGCCCACCAUGCAGGGGGAGAAGGGGGCAGAAUGCCCUCAUGGGAGCCCUGGGAGACUGCUCUUUAAACUGGGAAAGAUUGGAGACAAAUGUGUCUUGGCCUAGUUGUUACUUUUUUGAAUAGCCUUCCAUUAAAUUUGUCAUAUGUCAUUGACUCAUGACUGGAAGCGGGACAUCAUUCAUGAGGUUUCAAAGACAGAUGCUUUCCUCCAAAGUGACUUACAGUGCAUUCAAUCUAAACUCUUUCUAUGUGUGUUUACAUUUGAAUCAUAUCCACAACCUUUGCGUUGCUAACGCAAUGCUCUACCAAUUGAAAUACAGGUACACUUUACAUUUCACAUUUUAAGAAUUUCAAAAGACAUAAAUGCCAUGUAUGUGUUUCUCAGGUGUUUAGGAUGGUUAGAACGGGCACUUUAGUCUCUCUCCUCCAGCUCUUCAGCACCCUGGCUCCCAUAGGAGCAUUGUCUCAGGAUACCCUCUACCCCUUUGGACCAUCUUACAGGGAUUUAGAGACCCCAAAAAUGGACGAUGGCAGUUCUCCAGAGAUCAAUUUGCUAAUUCCUUUCAUAUUCUUCAAUGUGCCCUAUAGGACCCUUUAUGUCAACAACAACGGAGUGAUCUCUUUCAAUGUUCAGGUGAGUCAGUUCACGCCUGAGGCUUUCCCCCUCAGUGACAGCCGGUCCUUCAUUGCCCCCUUAUGGGCCGACGUGCAUAAUGGCAUCCGUGGAGAUGUGUACUACCGUGAGUCCACCGACCAAGAGACACUAGAGAGGGCCAGUCAGGAUGUCCGAAAGUAUUUCAAGAAUAUGGUGUCCUUUACUGCCACCUGGGUCUUCAUUGCCACAUGGGCUCAGGUCACAUUUUAUGGAGGCAGCCAGACAACACCGGUAAAUACAUUUCAGGCAGUGUUGAUCUCCGAUGGCCACACUUUCUUUGUUAUGUUUAACUACGGCGAGAUCAGCUGGAGCACAGGCACGGCGAGUGGAGGAGACCCUCUUACAGGCUUGGGAGGAACCACAGCACAGGCAGGUUUCAACGGUGGAGAUGUCAGCCAUUUUUUUAACCUUCCUGGAUCACGCUCGAAUGAAAUAGUCAACAUUGAACUGACCACUAAUGUCAACGUGCCUGGACGAUGGUUUUUUCGUGUUGACACAGACCAAAUAGACCCGGCAAAUGGCUGCAGUUACACUGGACGGUUUUACCGCCGUGGCGAGGUUUUCUGGCUGUCAGACCACUGCACUCAGCGAUGCAGGUGUCUUGAUUUGGAUAAUCAGGUGACCUGUCAGGAAACUCCAUGUGGUCAGUUAGAGACCUGUGAACAGGUGGAAGGGGCUUACUACUGCACGCCCACCCGUACCAGCACCUGUGUGGUGUUUGGAGACCCCCACUACCACACAUUCGAUGGACUUCUCUAUCACUUCCAGGGUACCUGCUCGUAUCUGUUGGCUCGUCCAUGUUUUGAAAUGCCUGGUUUGCCUUUCUUCAGUGUGGAGGCCAAAAAUGAGAAUCGGGGUGUGACCUCAGUGUCCUGGCUGAGGGAUGUGAUCGUGGAGGUGUAUAACCAUCGUGUCACACUACCCAAAGGAACUUUGGGAACGGUGCAGGUGGAUGGCUUAAUAAAGACUCUUCCAGUUCAGCUUCAAUUAGGUGCAGUCAAAGUGUACCAGUCUGGCGUUGCUGUCGCAUUGGAAACCGAUUUUGGACUAUUGGUGACCUAUGACGGAUUGCAUUAUGCCUCCAUCUCCCUCCCCAGCUCCUAUUUCAACAACACUUGUGGCUUAUGUGGUAACUACAAUGAUGAUCCGGCCGAUGACCCCGUGUUGCCAGAUGGCACUCUGGCAGAGAGCGUAGUGGAACUGGGUGGUAGCUGGCGAGCGGAGGACACAGAUUUUCGUUGUACAGAUGGGUGUGCUUUGAACUGUAGCGUGUGUGAGCCGGCAGCCGAAGCGUUUUACUUUCGCCCAGAUUACUGUGGUUUGAUCAAUAAGACUGAUGGACCAUUCAGAGACUGCAGGACAGUGGUAGAUCCCACGGCAUUUGUGUACAGUUGUGUUUAUGAUAUGUGCAGUAACCGUGAUAACAUCACUACACUGUGCCAGGCUAUACAGGCAUAUGCACUUGCAUGCCAGGCCCUGGGAGUCACGAUACGACCAUGGAGAUCACGCUCUUUCUGUGCUUUGACAUGCCCUGAGAACAGCCACUACCAGGUCUGCACCAGUUCUUGUCCUGCCUCCUGCUCCGACCUUACGGCUCAUCUGUACUGCACCCAUCCAUGCACCGAGGGCUGCCAGUGUGACCAGGGAUAUGUGCUAAGCGGCAGCCGUUGCGUCCGGCGUUCCGAAUGCGGAUGUGAACGCGAUGGCCUGUACUAUACGUUAAAUGAGACUUUCUGGGCAGGAGAGGGUGGCGAGGUGGGUGGAGAAUGCUCCCAGCGUUGCGUGUGUGGACCAGCAGGUGAAGUAACAUGCUUCAACGAUUCUUGUGGUGAAGGCGAAGUGUGUACUGCAGAAGUCGGGUUGUUGGGGUGUUACCCUCGUCGGGAAGCAGUAUGCUCGCUGUCUCAGAAUCAAAUACUGGCAACGUUUGAUGGCUCCGCAAUCCCAUUCCCAGACGAGAGCUCAUUCUAUCUGGUGAAGACGUUGGGCCGCUUGCCUGCAAACAUCACAUCGGUGGAGGUGAAGAUUGGGAGGAAGCUGGUGAAUAAAGGCCCUACGUGGAUACGGCCAGUGGUAGUCAGGGUGGCACAUUUGGAAGCACAGAUUGGAGGUUCAGAUUUUGACGUGAUCAAGGUAAACAGCGAACCGGUGAUUCUUCCUUAUGUCCAUCCAGUGGAGCCUCUCAUGAUAUACCGUUUCUCUGGUAAUUCCACAGUGAUUGAAUGGAGCGGCCUCGUCCGGGCCCGAUACUCACGUCAAGGCCUCUUAAACAUCACCCUGUCCACCCUUUUUUACAACACCACCUGUGGUCUCUGCGGUUUCUUCAACGGUGAUCCCAUUGACGACCUCCGUCUUCCCAGUGGCAGGCAGGCCGAUUCCCCUGACCAGUUUAUUGAAGGCUGGAAAGCCAUCGCGGACGAUUUGACCUGCAAUGGUGAUUGUGAGGACUUGUACCGUAUGUGUACAGAUUUAAGGCUGUACCAGAGUCCGUGGAUGUGCGGAAACAUCAACGACCCGGGAAACAGCUCAUUCUUGGCCUGCCACACUGCUGUUAACCCCUCUCCCUUCUUCCGGAACUGUCUCUAUAACAUGUGUGUUCGAGAGGGAAACCGGUCUGCACUCUGCAACUCCCUGCAGGCGUAUGCCUCCUCUUGCCAGGAUGCUCAGAUCAAUCUGGGAGCUUGGAGGAGUGCGACCAACUGCCCUUUACCCUGUCCCGAGAAUAGUCACUUCGAUGACUGUACAUCUGCGUGCCCUCUCACUUGCUCCAACCUGGAUGAUCCCGAGGAGCCGUGUCCUCUACCGUGCUCGGAGGGCUGCCAGUGCGAGGAGGGUUUUGCCUUGCGUGACGGCCUCUGUGUGUCACGCAGCGACUGCGGCUGCUUCUACUUGGGCCGCCAAAUGGCCACCAAUGAGACAUUCUGGACAGACUGGGAGUGUCAAGAACGCUGCUUCUGUAACGGAACGGACAACAGUGUCUACUGCACCUUUUCACCCUGCCAUCCGGAGGAGUACUGCCAGGAGAGCGAUGGUUUGUUUUUCUGUCAGCCGAGGACAGAAGCCAUGUGUGUUGUUGCUGGAUAUGGCCACUUUUUACCAUUUGGAGGCGUUCCAUUUGACCUCCAGAGCAGCUGCACUCUUCGUCUUGCCACUACUGAGUGUGGAGAAGGGGACGAGUAUGGAUCUGACGGAUGGGACAGUGCAGAGAUGGUUCCGGGCGGACUGCCUAGGUUCAAGGUCUCGGUUCGGAGUGAGGAGAGAGACACAGGCCAGGCUAUAUGGGUGCGGGGAUUUGUACUGGAUGUCUACGGAUAUGAGAUUGAGGUGUCUCGAAGCUUCAAGCACACAGUCACGGUGAAUAAGGAGCGCUUGUAUCUACCUAUAAAACUUGGUCCUGCGAAGGUUAAUAUCUAUACCCUUGGUCUCCAGUUACUUGUGGAAACAGACUUUGGCCUGAAGGUAGCGUUUGACUGGAACACUCUUCUGCUCCUCACUCUUCCCCGUAGUCUCUUUAACGCCACCUGUGGGCUUUGCCAAGGAAUGCCCAUUUCUGGCCCAGUUCUGGGUGUCAGUGAAUGGGCGAUGACAUGGGCGGACCGUGAUACCUUCUGCCAAGUGGGAUGUGGUGACUCUUGCCCUCGUUGUGGAUUGGCAGAGCGAGGCCUGCCUGCUGAGGUGGCGGCACCCGCUCAAGUAACCGAUGCCGUCGGUAACAUCGACACGGACGGUAACCCGGGAAACCGUUUCCACCUUGCCGAAGGGUUGUACGUGUAUGUCGAACCCGAGGCAGUGAGACUGUGUGGACUUAUAAUAGACAGAGGAGGUGUGUUCGCACGCUGCCACAGCAAAGUUGCACCGGCGUACUUCUACCAGAGCUGUCUGCAGGAUACGUGUAUGGACCAGGGAGCAAGAGAGAUCAUCUGUAAUUGGCUGCAGAUUUAUGCCAGCACCUGUCAGACACAAGGAGUGUCUUUGAUUGGCUGGAGAAGUUCCACACCAUGUGUGAUGUCGUGCCCCAUGAACAGUCAUUAUUCCAGCUGCUUGAUGGUGUGCCAGCCGCAGUGUGCUCCUGCACGUGGGCAGAGAGAUUGUAACCAGUACUGCGUCGAAGGAUGCCAGUGUGAUCUGGGCUAUGUGCUCAACGGCAAGAGCUGCAUUCUUAGUCAAAACUGCGGAUGCUACACGGAUGGUAAAUACUAUGAGCCAAAGCAGUUGUUCUGGAACAGCGACUGCACCAAACGCUGUCAGUGCAUCGGCCGUAAUCUUAUUCAGUGUGACCCACGGCGAUGUAAAGCAGAAGAGGAGUGCGUUUUGCGUCACGGGGUGCGAGGCUGCUUUGCACGUCGUAACCAGCACUGCGUGGCUUCGGGCGGUGGCGUCUUCCGUACGUUCGACGGGGCGUCUCUUCGUCUCCCUGCCUCUUGCUCCUUCGUCCUGUCAACAAUCUGUCACAAGCUCCCAGAGUUAUCAUUUCAGCUCAUUGCCAAUUUUGACAAGUGGAGCACACCAAACCUGACCACCAUCUCCCAUGCUUACCUCUACAUCAACGAGGAGAACAUUCUCAUCUCUGGAAACACUGUCAAGGUAAAUGGAACGCCGGUGUCCGUGCCUUUCGUCACAGGUUUGAUGACGCGAGUGUCUACAUCAGAGGGAUUUCUGGUGAUCGAUACGCCCCAGGACAUCCAGGUGCGCUACAACCGCUUCAACACGCUGAGCAUCACCAUGGGCCCACGGCUGCAGAACAAAGUGUGUGGACUUUGUGGGAACUUCAACGGAGACCCCACUGACGAUUACAUCACGUCACGAGGCAAACCUGCCGUCAGCUCGCUGGAGCUGGCACAGAGCUGGAAGACCAACGGCAUGCAAAACAGCUGUGAUGAGACUCAGUACGUAGCUCUGGCUCAGUCCUGUGAUAACACAGCCAUCUCGGAGCUUCAGGGAGAGGACAACUGCCUGAAACUCACAGAUCUGAAAGGUUUCUUCCAACCCUGCCACGGGCUUCUGGACCCCCACCCUUUCUAUCAGUCCUGCUACCUGGAUGGCUGCUAUAACCACCGUAAGGCCCAGGUGUGCGGCUCCAUGGCGGCCUACGCUGAAGCCUGCCGCUCUUUCGGCACUCUCACCACCAAGUGGAUCACCCAGGAGAACUGCUCAGAAUGGAUCUAUGACCCCUGUGCUGGAGAGAUCUGCUCGAACAACACGUGUGAGCAGGAGAACGGAGGAGACCUUUGUGGCUGUCCUGAGCUUCCCAGCACCGAAAUUAAUGACGAUGACAUCAUCCAGGCAGAGGUGACCUGUAAGCACGCUCAGAUGGAGGUGUCCAUCUCUAAGUGCCGUCUGUUCCAGCUGGGCUUCGAGAGGGAGGACGUGCGAAUUAAUGACCAGCACUGCGCUGGUAUCGAGGGAGAGGAUUUCAUCUCAUUUCACAUCAAUAAUACCAAAGGACACUGUGGCUCCAUUGUACAGUCAAAUGGAACACACAUUAUGUACAAGAACACAGUGUGGAUCGAGAGUGUGAACAACACGGGGAACGUGGUGACGCGUGAUAAGACCAUCAACGUGGAGUUCUCCUGUGCUUACGAACUGGACAUAAAGAUCUCUCUGGAGACGGUACUAAAGCCCAUGCUUAGUGUAAUAAACCUCACCCUGCCUACUCAAGAGGGCAACUUCAUCACAAAGAUGGCUCUGUAUAAAAACGCUUCAUAUCGGCAGCCGUAUCGAGAGGGAGAGGUGGUUCUGAGCACCAGGGACAUUCUGUUUGUGGGGGUGUUCGUGGAAGGAGCGGAUGAUAAACAACUUAUUCUCAUUGUCAACAUGUGCUGGGCCACGCCAUCGCGAUACAGCAGCGAUCGCCUGCGUUACAUUAUCAUAGAGAGAGGGUGUCCUAACAUCAAAGACAACACCAUAGGCAUGGCCGAGAACGGCGUGUCUCUCACCUGUCGCUUUCAUGUCACCGUCUUUAAGUUCAUUGGUGAUUAUGAUGAAGUGCAUUUGCACUGUGAUGUUUCACUGUGUGAUUCUGAGACCAACGCCUGCAAAGUGAAUUGCCCUCAUAACAAACGUAGUUAUAUGGAUUACAGUCAGCAUAAAGAACAGAUUUUGUCAGUGGGACCAAUCAGAAGAAGAGAAUCCGACUGGUGUGAAGAGGAUAAUGGUGGAUGCGAGCAGAUCUGUACCAGUCAAAUAACUGGUGCUGUGUGCAGCUGUGUGACAGGAAUGCUGCAGAGAGAUGGGAAGAGCUGCAGAGUUACCAGUAUGAGCACUGACCUUCGACCUAUGGUUCCCCUGGUAGCCAUGGUCAUAAUCGUCAGCAUUUUACUGCAAAUGCACACCUCAGUUUACUUCUCUUAACACCCACCAGCAAGACCAAGAGAGAGAGAGAGAAAGAGAAGAGAGAGAUGCAUACAGACCAAUAGGGGACUGAAAAGCAAAAAAGAGCCAAUGAAGGCAUUUUCAUGAUGCAUUGGCAGCCUUGAAGAGAGGAUCAUCUCUGAGCAGUUCCCUUCAUCGAAGCCAAAACUGUGAUCAACCAGGCGAUUCUUCACCAGCAUGGACAUAAAACAACCAACUAUAUGAUCCAACAUAAUAAGAAAAAACACCCUGAAAGAAGUCAGAUCUUACCUUUGGCGUAACAUCUAAACACAAGAGACCAACAAGAAAAAAAUGUCACUUUGAAAUGUAGUGAUACUGUAUUUCACAGCAAAAAUAAAAUAUUAGCUAUGUUACUUUUUUAAUGACUUUUCUGAAUCACCAAAAUGCAAGAGCAUGUGUUGCAAGAAUGUAUGAUGAUUUUCAACACAAGUUAUGUUGUUUGUUUUUAUGUAGUUGAUUUGAUGAAAUGCAUACCAUCUUUGCAUUGUGUUUCUUAUUUAAACCCCAUUUUUUUGCCAUACUGAUAUCAACAAUGCCAAGCAACAUGUAUUGUUGUAUUUCUGUGCAUACUUUCUGUGCAUCCUUAAGUAGGCGACUUUUAAAGCUUCACUUAUUUAAGCUGUAUAUAUAGACCAUGUUUAAUGGACGUGAACAGUUUUGCCCUGUAUUAUAAAUACUUAAUGUACUGUAUGAAUCACUGAGGUGUGUUCGUCUUUAUGGUCAUCAACUUAACUGUAGUUUAGUCUGACUAUACGAACAAUACUUGACUUGAUGAUGACGAUGAUGAUAAUAAUGGUGAAUGUUAAGGACUGUUUUCUACAAAAUGAAAAAGUGAACAUUUCUUGUAGGCUUAACAACACGGUAACGUGAAUACAUACAUUAGCUUAAUGGUGACCAAGGCCUUGAUGUCCACAUCUUAAUGUUUUGCUAUUUUAGAGGUUGUUUAUUUUGUUUUUGAUCCGAUAUGAUUCGUUUGAGAAUAAAGUGAGCUUUUCACAUCGA